AUGUACAAUGGGACAGGGUUUAUUAUUGAAGGAUUUAAUGAUACCAAAGAACUUCAACUUCCAAUUUUCAUCAUUUUUCUACUUAUCUAUUUCAUUAUUCUAUUUGGGAAUGCGACCAUUUUAAUUGCCAUUUUAGGUGACUCUAAUCUUCACACUCCUAUGUAUAUUUUUUUGAUUAAACUCUCAUUCAUUGACAUAACCUAUGCCUCGAAUAUCAUUCCCAAACUGUUACAUAUUCUGCUUACUCAACAUAAAACCAUCUCAUUCUCGGGGUGUAUAAUCCAGAUGUAUAUUUUCAUAUAUCUGACAUGUACUGAAUUCCUUCUCCUUGGAGCCAUGGCUUAUGACCGAUAUGUGGCAAUUUGCCACCCCCUUCAUUAUUACAUUCUGAUGACCAUAAGAGACUGCUGUGUGUUGAUCAUUACUGCAUCGAACAUUGGAUUAUUGGACCCUGUGGCACAUGCCAUGCUUAUUUCCCAGAUGGACUUCUGUGCUUCUCGCCAUAUUGACCAUUUUUUCUGUGACAUUACACCAUUGUUGAAGCUCUCUUGCAGCGACACCUCCAAGGUCGAAAUGAUAACCUACAUUUUCGGGACAUUGAUUCUAUUUCCUGCGUUUCUGCUCACUUUACUCUCAUAUAUAUUAAUUAUCUCCAACAUUCUAAAAGUAAAAUCGGCAGAGGGUCGGCGUAAAGCCUUUUCCACCUGUACCUCUCAUUUGACCUCUGUCACCAUGUUCUACGGAACCAUUAUAUGUCUGUAUAUGAGACCAACAGCAAGCUACGCCCCAAGCCAGGACAAGUUUUUUGCUCUGAUAUAUGUUGUCAUGAUCCCGAUACUUAAUCCCAUUAUUUACAGUCUGAAAAACCAAGACAUUAAAAGUGCAUUAAAGAAACAUAAAAACAAAUUUUCUUUUACAAAACAAUAUUGGAAAUAA